CGACGCCAAGUGCCCGGGUUUGAAGCAAAGAUAGAAAAUACCUCUAAGAAUGGAUCAUCUAGGUAACGUUAGAGUCAGGACAAACCGAUGGCGAAGGCUGCUCAGGUGGCAUCAUGGACAAAAAAUGAACGAGGAAGGCGAAGAUGGAGGCAAGGAUGGCGAGAAAAAGAGGUCAUUUUGGAACAUGAGGUUUGAAUUCAAUUGGAGAGAGUGGACUGUUGAUCCUGCAGAGACCUUUUAUUACGUCUGGUUACAGGUGAUGAUUGUGCCCAUUGUUUACAACUGGGUAAUAAUCAUUUUAAGGACCUGCUUCACAUCGAUUGGGCUGAACUACCUCCCUGUGUGGCUCACAUUGGACUAUCUGUCAGACCUGAUGUAUGCUGCUGAUAUGGCCAUCACUCUUCAUACUGGUUUCUUAGACCAAGGAAUCCUCAUCAAGGACCUGACUCGUUUGAGGAAACGCUACCUGCACUCUAAACGCUUUCUGUUUGAUUUAGUUUCUCUGCUGCCAACUGACUUCCUCUACUUUGCCGUUGGUAUUGAAACUCCCUUAGUGAGGGUCAACCGCCUCCUUCAUAUUCCACGACUCAGCGAGGCUUUAGACCGCAUGGAGACCAGAACCUCCUACCCGAAUACUUUCCGCAUCACAAAGCUGAUGAUCUACAUCUUUGUGCUGAUCCACUGGAACGCCUGCCUCUACUUCGCACUAUCCAGUUACAUCGGCUUUGGAAGCGAUCACUGGGUUUACCCCAACAUCACUGAGCCGAGGUUUGCCUCCAUGCGGCGCCAGUACUUGUACUGCUUCUGGUUCUCAGCCCAGAUUUUCACCACUGUAGGAGACACCCCUCUGCCAAGCAGGGAGGAGGAGUACUUAUUUAUGAUUGCAGACCUCCUCAUUGCUGUGCUGGUGUUCGCAUCAAUCGUCGGUAAUGUUGGGAACGUCAUCACAAGCUUAAGGGACAGAGAUAAUGUAUUUUUCCCCAACCAUGAAUUGGUAAAAGCAUACCUGCGUAGCCACCACAUUAGCAAGGAGCUUCGACAACGCAUCGACAACUGGUAUCAGCAUCUUCACAUCAACAAGAAGAUCAUGCGGGAGAAUGAAAUCUUGCAGCAGCUUCCGUUACACAUGAGAACCGAUAUCGCUGUCAGCGUCCACCUUCCAACACUUUCCAAAGUUACAAUUUUCCAGAACUGUGAGAAAAGUCUGCUGGAGGAGCUGGUUCUGAAGCUCACACCUCAGGUGUUCAGCCCCGGCGAAUAUGUUUGCAGGAAGGGAGAUGUCGGCCAUGAGAUGUAUAUCAUCAAAGAGGGGAAGCUUGCAGUCGUAGCAGAUGAUGGGGUUACAGAAUAUGCAGUGCUGGGUGCAGGGAACUUCUUUGGAGAAAUUAGUAUCCUUAAUAUCAAAGGCAACAAGUCAGGAAACCGCCGCACUGCCAACAUCAAAAGCAUCGGCCAUUCUGACCUGUUCAGCUUGUCCAAAGAGGACCUCACUGAUGUGCUGUCUGAGUUUCCUGCAGCCAAACGUCACCUAGAGGAGAAAGGCCGGCAGAUCCUUGUCAAGAUGGGCAUGUUGGAGGAAAGGGCAGAGGUAGAGGAGGUGGAAGCUGAGAAGAUUGAAGCAAAGAUUAAAAGGCUAGAGAGGACUCUAGAAGAUCUGCAGACCAAACUAGCACGCCUCAUGAUGGAGUUAGAGUCAAGCAACAAAAAGAUGCAGGCCAGAGUGGAGCAGCUGGAGCUGCAGGUGGCUCUGCUGGAAACUCACCUGCCACAUGAUGGACAAGGAGGAGAGGAAGCCAUGGGAAGAGAAGAGGGUGUUGGAGGAGAAGCAGACUGGGAGCGGGAGGAAGCAGAGGGAGAGGAGGAGGGGGAUGCAGAAGAAAAUGGGGAAAAAGAGGGAGCUGGCGAUGAUGGUGAUGUGACCAAAGAAGGAGAUGGUGAGAGCACUAAAAGUACUAAGGAUGAAACAGAACGAGUAGUAGAGGGAAACAAAUUUGAUCUGAAGGAGCCAGACAAUCUGAUAGACAACAUACAUGAUAAAGAGAAAAUCUUGGGAAAAGGAGAUGAAAGACCCGGUAAAGGUGAUGGAGCCGAGACCGAACCAAGGGAUGACAACCAAUCCAGAGAUGGAGAACUAUUAGGGAGAAGAAGAAAGACCAAAGAAGACUCAGAUGGAAAAGACAAGAAGGAUUCAGAUUAAUGGUAAACAAAAUGAACCAAACCAGACAUUUGCUAAGAGCUGUAUAGAUGGCACUUUUUUUCUGAAAGUAUGUUUUCCCAUUAAGGGUCAAGAAAGUUUAUUUGUAUGGAGUGAAUAUUUAAGCUGCACAGUGGGUAGCAUUGCUGCCUUGUAGCAAGAAGGUUCCGGGUUCGAUUUCCGGCCCGGUGUCUUUUUUGCAUGGAGUUUGCAGGUUUUCCCUGUGCAUGCAUAGGUUCUCUCAGGGUACU